CAGGAAUUGCACAGUUGCUUCACAUGGUCCACUUACCAAAGUAUAGGGCCAGCCUACAGUAUUAGGCAACACCGUUGGUUUCUAUUUUGGAAUCGCACACUCGCAGAACCUUUAGCUGGGAGUAAACCUCGGAUAGUUUGCAGGCAAGGAACAGCAAUCACGACCUGGUCCGAAGUCGCGGGUUGCACAGCGAUGUGCCAUGCAACUACCACCAGCCAGGCCGGAGCUCCCACCCUUCCAGGUCUGGAACGAUUGCGCGACAGAGUGGACGACUGGGAGGCCGCGAUGACAGUGAUGACAUUAACUGCAACCACCAUCGCCAAGAGCGUUGGCGCUUGCACAAGCACGCAAGACCCCGUCUCCUCCCACCUCCAGCCGCCCACCCUGCACCUGACGGCCGCCCAGCUCAAGCCCGGCCGGCUCUUCAUCGUCGCUGACCUACAGGGCGCCUACUACACCCUCCUCGACCUUCUAGCAACCCACAAGUUCGACUUCCGUCGUGACAACCUCUUCCACACCGGUAACCUGGUCGCACCGCCCUCUCGAGCCGCAACACCCCCACCGCCACCACCCCCGCCCUCCGCCGCUGACCCCUGGGGGCCGCAGCCGCAGCCCUCUCCAUGCAGCCCCAGCCACCCCACCACCCCCAGCAGCUGCUACCCAGCUCCGCCCGCCGAGCCCCCAACCCCAACCCCAACCCCCGCCACCAGCCGCCGCGCACGCAACUCCGCUUCCGUACUGGCGCUUGUACGGCGACACGGCGUGCGGGGCCCCAUGGGCGCCACCGACUGCCUGGCGCUGCUGGCUGCUGCUGCUUCUGCGUGCGGGCCGGUUGGGUCCGGCAGCAGGAGUGGCAGCUGCAAUGGGAGGGGGAGCGGCUGGCAGCAGCGGCUGGCAGCGACCCCCGGGCAGCCGCCUGCUGCUGCUGCUGCUCGGUCGCAAGCAGCAGCAGCAGCAGCAGGAGAGGGGGUGGAGGGCAUGUGUGCCGAACGCUUGAUGUCACCACCACCCGCACCAGCACAACCAGCAGCAGCAGUUUCCCGGCCUGCUGCUCCCGCUGCCGCUGCCGCUGCCGGUUGGAAGCGGAGCGCCCCGCUGCUCAUCCGCAAGCCCACCCGCACCGGCUGCCCCUCACCCGCCUACAUAGCCUCUUCCCUCGGCGGUAGCUCGGAGGAGGAGGAGGAGCAGGAAGAGGAGGAGGAGGACAGCAGCGAGGAGGAGGAGGAGGGGCCCCUGCCGCCCGCCCCCUCCCCGCAGGGCCCCUCCGGCCCCCCCGCCUGGCGACACAGCUGCCCCUCCACCUCCACCUCCUCCUCCUCCACCUGCUUCAGCCCCUCCGGCCUGGACGACCCCGCCCUCGCCCAGCUGCUCUCCCUGCCCGGCCGGCUGGUCCUGGAGCCCUACGGCAUCGCCCUGCAGCACACCCACCACCCCCUCUCCCACCCCCACCAUCCCCACCCCCACCAUCCCCACCCCCACCACCCCCACCACCUCAGCCAAAUGGAGGCCCCUGCGGUCCCGCCCCCCCCGCAGCCCCGCUACCACACCUUCUACAGCCACCGCGCACCCCCGGGGUCCGCCACCGCCACCGCUGCCUCCCACUCCGCCGUCACCCCCGACACCGCCACCUCCACGGGCCUUGCCGCCUCCUCCUCCUCCUCCUCUCGCACCAGAAGCACCACCACCACCUCCAGCAGCGGCGGCGGUGUGCUGCGUUGCGCGGUGCUGCCGCCCCUCCGCGAGCUGCGGGCCCGGUCUGCGGGCUUCCGGGCGGUGGUGGCGGCGGGCAGGGCGCCCAGCCGGGGGGAGCUGCUGCUGCGGGUGGUGGAGCAGCCGCUGAGUGAACUGGACGGGGGGGUCAAGUGUGACCAAACCUUGUGAAAACCCCACUGGACGGGGGGUGGCGGGGGCUGGGAGCAGCAGCAAGGGAUGACAGCGGGUGACAGCGGACGGAGUGGGCGGCAGGUAUCAGCGGCGGUAUGAGGGGGAAGAGGAAAGGCCCAGUACCAGUUCGUGUGACAGGUCAACAUCAUGGGUGUGCGGGGGGGCCCGACAGAGGCGGAGUCCACGAGGUGGGAGCGAGGCAAGUGAGGGUGUGUUUGGUGAGGCCUUUUGAGGCCAGGUAUGGCAUUUAUACUAAUUGUUAUUAUGUGAGGGUGGUGGUGGCAGUAUUAUGUGGAGGUUGGAGAUUGUUGGAGGACAAGUGGUGAAAGCGGAAGAACCUGAGCCGGCGUUGCUUGCUCACGACCUACCGGUGGUGCACGUGUGGCACUGUGGCUCGACGUUAUGCUUUGUACAGAAGGCUUUACACAUUUCCAACACGUUGGCUGUGAUCUGCCAACCGCGACCGACCCAACGGCCAACGGUGCCAUUCUUACUAAUACUGCUUCAUGAUAUUGCUCUAGGACACUAAAGCCUAUCGGCUUCGUUUGACAAGGCGCACGGGCCUACAGGGAUCCAUAUGCGCGGAGCAAGGAUGGACAGGGGCAUCAUUAUAUCAUCUUUGUUGUUGUGUGCCGCAAGGCGGUGUGAAAUUCGUGACUGUGUCCAUGAUCUGCGUCUUAUUACGCUUUAUGCUUUGGUAUUGUGGUUGUUGUCGUGUCGUCGUCAAAGAGAAGAACAGAAGAUCAUGUUUUGGGCCUAGAAGCGGCCUGGGAGCAAGAAUGCACACGGUCCUUUGCUAUUUGCUUUGGUGUUGCGCGCCCAGCCAGCUAUGUACACUAUGUUACAGUACUAAUAUUGCAUCUGUUGCGGUCCCAAGUGGGCUGGUCUGGUUUACGACUCUGCCCGGAUCCUGAGCGGAUGGCUUACACUAGCAUUGUUACGUUUAGCUCAGGGUUGGGUUUUAACAAAGGAAACGACUUGGAAGUUUUCGUUGGAUUGCGUCCCUGUAACGUACAAAGUAAACAC